AUGAGGAUUUGGGUGGAGGACGCCGACGGAGGAGGUGAUGGAAGGAGGAGGGAGGGAGCGAAGCGACCAGUGAAGGAGGGAGGUGAGCGGAUGGGAGCGUAUCCUCAGGACGUCGAGGCGGACGACGGCGAUGUGCAGCAGGUAGAGCAAAGAGAGGGACCAGAGGGCGAGGAGGGUAUAAGAGAAAUUCUCUCUUAUCUUCCAGAUGAAUUCAUCGAUUUGCUUGAUUAA